AUGGCUGAAGAAUUUAUUUUGGCAUUUGAUGAUUUGCAGAAGGACGAUUCCAAUAAUGAGAAAUUGGUGGAUUUUGUACGCAACCACUAUAAGAACAGCCUCAUCUCCCUCGAGUUCUGCUCAACACUCCAACGACGUCUUGACAUUGCAAAUGAUCAUGAUCUUCCUCCCUUCUUUCACAACUUCUUCCGUGAUGAUUUAUCCCGUCUCGUUUCAAACCAUUCCAUGAUGCUGGAUACGCUGAAACCGAUGUGCACCGGCUUCAACAAGGAGCUCGAUAGCAUCGGUCUCUCCCAGAAGGUGUCUGCCAUUUUCUUCGUCGCAGCGGUCAUAAUCUGUACGGCCGCGAGUGCAAUUGCCACUGCGAAUGCCAAUCCCGAGUGGGCUUGGGCAGCAGUGGCUGGGGCAGCCCCAGUGACCUCCAUUCUGUUUGGUGCGCUCGGAAAAUGGCGCCAUUCGGUACUAAACAAGAGUGAGACUGUGGUAAGGAAACAUAAGGAGAUCACAACACGUAUGAUUUUGGCCGCCGAUUGCGGCAUAAAAGAUCUCAUAAACAUUCACUUUGUAGCUAGCAGGUUGGAGUUCGAGACCAAAUCUUUGUCGAAAACAGUUGAUAAUGGGAAGAAAGUGGCGGCUGUGAAAAGGAGCUCUGAAGAAUUACUACAAAAGGUUAAAAACUACAAUGGUGAGAUCAAGUGGGUUAAACAAAAAGUGCUUGAUAUUAUUAUCAAACCCUAA